AGACCAAGGCAGCCUCCUGUCCCUUGCAGUCCCAGCCAUCCCAAAACAAAAUCCUGAGAUGGGCAACAGUCUGAAAGCCAUACUUGCUUUUGUGCCCUCUAGCAAGUGCCAGAAGUACCUCCUAGAAGAUCUAGAAGAGAUGCCAGUGGAUAAAAUGGUCGAUCUGAGUGGCAGGCAGAUGAGGCGGCUGCCUGUGCACAUUUGCUCUUUCAGGGAACUGGUUAAGCUGUACCUGAGUGACAACAACCUGAACCAUCUGCCCCCCGAGCUGGAGCAGCUGCAAAACCUGCAAAUCUUGGCACUGGACUUCAACAACUUCAAAGCACUGCCCCUAGUUGUGUGCACGCUGAAGCAGCUGUGCAUCCUCUACCUGGGCAACAACAAGCUCUGCAGCCUGCCCCUGGAGCUCCGGCUCCUGCAGAACCUGAAGACCCUCUGGAUCGAGUCCAACUGCCUGCAGUACCUGCCUGAGGUGGUGUGCGAGCUCAGCCUGCUCAAGACGCUGCAUGCCGGCUCCAACGCCCUGCGCAGCCUCCCUCCCCAGCUGCAGUGCCUGCAGGAGCUGCGCACCAUCUGGCUGUCAGGAAACCUGCUGUCCGAGUUCCCUGCCGUGCUCCUGGACAUGCCCUUCCUGGAGGUGAUCGACGUGGAUCGCAAUUCCAUCCGCUUCUUCCCCAGCCUUGCUCACCUUCCUGGCCUGAAGCUGGUGAUCUACGACCACAACCCCUGCAGGAAUGCACCCAAGGUGGCCAAAGGGGUGCGCAGGGUGGGCAGAUGGUCAGAGGAGAGCCCCGAGCCCCGCAAGCGAUCCGGGGCAGUGAUAGAAAUCACGCUUGACGAGAAACCAUUGCUACCUCCUGCCGCCAAGACUGAGCCAGAAGCCGAGCCCUGCUGACACUCAGCUGCCCCUUUUGGCCAAGGUGGCAGCACUCUCCCACUGCUGCCCAACCUCUACCUCUCCCGUGCUUGCUGGUGUCCAGGGAGCACCACGCCACCUGACAAUCAUUAGGAGUACGUGCACCAGCUUGGAGACAAUGUGACAGCAAAACUCUUGUACAGACACCUGUCUGUGCAGCACCCAGCACUCUCCCUAGAACAGACUUCUUCCCUCUCCCGCUCCUCCCAUGCUGGGACCACACACAUUUCUCAACAAAGACUCAGUUUAGAUGUUUGCCAUGGGUGGUUUGCAUGGAGCACACAGGGACUUGCUGCUCCUCACCUGUGGGCUCACUCUUCUCCCUUCCACCUUGCUGAGGUGUCCCAGCUCAGCUGGAAGCCACUGCUCAAGGUGAUCACUGCUGAGACACACAGCUCCAAAGCAACCCACAGCACUGGUCUCAAAUUACUUUAUCUGAAAUGCAGCAAUACCUUGAAGGUUUCCCUGUCUGCUGAGUGGGAAGUUGUAGCAGAUUGCCAGCUGCACUAUCAAGGAAACAGCACAUAUGUACAGGGGGCUCUCCUCUUUCUUCCGGCAAAAUUUGUGACAACUGUUUCAUCACUGCUAAGCAGCAUCCAGAUGAUGGUGAGGAAAGCUGUAGGCUUUGCUGCUGGGUUUUGUUACUGACAACACUGCCUCUGAGGGCAGCUGUACAGGACAAGCUUUCAUGCAGACGCAAAGAAGAAAAUCAAAGCCUGACUAAAAAGGAAAAGCCACAAGAGCUGCAGAGGUAAACUUGCAUGAAAAAAAUCCAGGGCUGUGAGCUGUCAAUAUAAACUUGCAAAUAACCUGAUGAGGCAAACUUCUCAGAUUAUUUCAGCUGGGUAUUUCUCAAGCUUGCAACUUGGACCAAUACAGAUCCCCUUAAAAAUGCACUUUCUUCCUAAGCUUUGCUUUAAUUGAGUAACAGAAAUCUGGCUCAAAGUGACAUUUUAGACUCCAUAGCAUGGUUGAAUUAGGUGGCAGGUUGUUUAACGAGGGUGGAAAGCCCCUGGUGGCACCCUCUUCAAGUAGAACUGUCUCACCAGCGCAGCCUCCAGAAGCAGCAGUUGACUUCCCAGAAAAGGUUUGAUUCCAUGCCAGUUCGUGACUGUUUAAUGUCAUCUACAUGCUUGAAAAAUUAUCUGGAAAUAUAUAGACUCUGCUAGCACUUGUUGUCUUGUAAAAUGAAGUCCAAACUUGCAUCUGGCUGGCACUCAUGUAGUGUGCUCCUAGUGAAAUUAAAUAAAAGUAUACUAGCA